AUUGCAGAAACACUCGCUCUUGUAUGUGUGGGCCCGAUGGGGGAAAGUGAAAUGACAUAGUUGGUGUAGAAAGAAGCUAUUUUAAAAUAUAUAUUUAUAUAACUUGUAUGAAGAGAGUUCAAUAAUACCAUUAUUGAACUCGUUAAAUAAUGUAAUCAGGUGGGGUUGGGCGAUGCUAUACUCAUAACCAUCGCUAGUUUUAGGGUGGACUAUUUGUGGUAUAGUUGCUAAUGUUAUUUAUUUCCUGACUGGAUUACUCUGGUUAAUGACUACUUUCGGGGUGUGUCGUCUUUUAGAAAGGUGACCAAGUAAUAAUCACUUCUGUUUGCAAAGGUAUCUGUCUGCAGUCCAUCCGCUGUUGUGCUGCGAACCUAGUGCGUGCACGCAUCAUUUCUUUGGGAAAACUAGAUCACGUCCAGUGUCAUGCAAUUCAGGUUCUAUCCCGUUGAUAAAGAAGUUAUGAAGAUUGUAGUUCACUGAGUAAAAAUGCAUUAAAGGAAGCACGCAUGCUUCCGGGUUUCGCGUUCUGGUUUUUUGGAGGAUGAUGAAGAAGCGAUUGAUCUGGCUAAUCAGUGGAAUAAGCAGAAGAAUGAUGAAGUUCUUCAUUGCCCUCGCUUUGAUCGCCUAUAUUGCCUCUGUGUGGGGAACCUAUACAAGUAUGAGGACCAUACAAGAAAAUGGGGAACUGCAAAUUGAGAGGAAGAUUGAAGAGGUAAUUGCACCCCUACGGGAGAAAAUCAGAGAUUUGGAAUUCAGUUUCUCCAAGAAAUACCCUCCGGUAAAGUUCCUAUCUGAAAAGGACCGCAAACGGAUUCUACUAACUGGAGGAGCAGGGUUUGUGGGAUCCCACUUGGCUGAUAAACUCAUGAUGGACGGCCAUGAAGUCACGGUGGUAGACAACUUCUUCACAGGCCGUAAAAGAAAUGUAGAACACUGGAUUGGACAUGAGAACUUCGAACUGAUCAACCAUGAUGUUGUUGAACCACUGUACAUUGAAGUGGAUCAGAUUUAUCACCUGGCCUCUCCUGCAUCUCCGCCAAAUUAUAUGUACAAUCCAAUCAAGACUCUGAAGACCAAUACCAUUGGAACGUUAAACAUGUUGGGUUUAGCGAAACGUGUUGGUGCUCGUCUUCUGCUGGCCUCCACUUCUGAGGUAUAUGGAGACCCAGAGGUGCACCCUCAGAGUGAAGAAUACUGGGGCCAUGUGAAUCCAAUCGGUCCCAGAGCCUGCUAUGAUGAGGGGAAGCGAGUGGCAGAAACCAUGUGCUAUGCCUACAUGAAACAGGAAGGAGUGGAGGUGCGGGUUGCACGGAUAUUUAAUACUUUUGGGUCUCGCAUGCACAUGAAUGACGGCAGAGUUGUCAGUAAUUUCAUUCUGCAGGCACUCCAGGGAGAACCUCUCACAGUUUAUGGAUCAGGAUCCCAAACAAGAGCAUUCCAGUAUGUGAGUGACCUGGUGAAUGGACUGGUGUCCUUGAUGAACAGCAAUGUUAGCAGCCCUGUGAACUUGGGGAACCCAGAAGAGCAUACAAUAUUAGAAUUUGCCAGAUUAAUCAAGGACCUUGUCGGCAGCAGAAGUCAGAUACAAUUUCUUCCAGAGGCACAGGACGAUCCACAAAGGAGAAAACCUGACAUCACAAAGGCCAAAAUGAUGUUAGGAUGGGAGCCUGUGGUACCAUUGGAAGAAGGCAUCAAUAAAACUAUUCACUACUUCAGAAAAGAACUUGAAUACCAGGCAAACAACCAAUAUAUCCCCAAGCCCAAACAAGCAAGAAUAAAGAAAGGCAGACCAAGACACAACUAGUGAGCACAUUUUUCAGAAGGGAACCUGUUUGCCUUAUUGAUUGACAAUUACCAAGGAAUGGUAAAAACUGAAACCUUUUUUUUUUUUUUUUUUUUUUUUUUGGUGAAGAGCAAACUGGAAUUUUUCAAACCUCCUCAAAUCAAGCUUGCUUUACAAAGAUGAAUGUGCCUAAAAAAAAAAAAAAAAAAAAAAAAAAAAAAAACUGCAAAUCUUGCCUUGUACUUUUUACUUUGUCUUUUUAUUUAAAAUUAGAGUAGAAAAAUUGAAGUUUUAUAUUCUGCAGUUCAUUUGAUGUGAGACUGUUUAAAAUAAAUAAGUUUCUUAAAUUCCAGGUGAAGUGUGAAAAAUAAUUUAUUUAAAAUGUAUAAUGUGAAGUAAGUAAGUGACUUCCCUAUGCAUAAAGAGGCUUUAAAUGAGCAAACAGUGUUGUCGUGUUUGGUGCACUGCCAUUGUUUGUAUAGUUACCAUUGGCUCAUCCAUCAUCUUUUGAAUAUAUUUUAAAUCGCAUAUUUUUAUAGGUAAGUUUGAAAUGUAAAAUAUACUGACUUUCCUUUGCAACCAUGGAUCGGUAAGAUGGUUCUGAAUUCUUAUUGUGUUACACUGUGUGCGCACGGGGGGGGGGGGGGGGGGGGGGGGGGCUACAACAACAAACAUUACUGUAUUACUGGCUACCAGUGAUUUGAAUAUGCUAUUUUAAUAAAAUAUUGUUAAAGGAA